AUGUCUAAUUUCCGAGCUCUUCAACCAGCACCAAUGGACCAAGAGCCGACACCACAACCGCAAUCUCGACCGAUCUUGACAUCAAAACCCAAGCGUACCGUGACGCUCGGUGCUUGUGUUGCAUGCAGGAAACGAAAGUCAAAAUGUGAUGGCAAUCGUCCAGUGUGCACUUGCUGUGCCCAAAAGGACACGCAAUGCGUCUACGAGCUUGGUCCUAAUGAAAAGCCAUCACAAGCGAUGAAGCGGAAGAACGAGGAGAUGCAGGGCGAACUCUCGAAUCUGCGCCAGCUGUAUGACUUCCUUCGAUUGCGGCCUGCGCAUGAAGCCAUGGAGAUCCUCAAGCGCAUCCGGGCGAACUCACCAGACGUGCCUCCAUCCCAACACAUCCAGGAGUUGGCAGACUUUGUCCGCCAAGGAGAUUUACUUAUCCAGCAGCCGUUGCACACACCACCGUUAAGUAACCCUGAUCGCGAUCCUACACACCCUGUGACACUCCCUUCACUUCGUCAGGCUUUAGAUUCCCCUGGCGCACUGGAACCUUGCAACCUACUCUACCCUAGCAUGUACCCCAUGGGUUUGGAUGGCCCGGCCACCCAACGACGAAGACACACUCAUGGUCUUUCAGCUCGCACAGAUAGCCAAAGCUCUCUGCCUCGACCCACUUCCAUUGAGGCCAUCCUACAAACUCCUUCAACUGCAGCUGCGGAUGACCUGGCUGCAGAUCCACGACUGGGUUUCGUGAGCAAUUGGACACGGGUCACGGACGAUACUGGCUUCUUGGCUCACCUCUUCACCAUCUGGACUGAGAGGGAAUACGUCUACUACCACUUUCUGGACAGGGAGGCUUUCCUUGCGGAUCUGUCGUGCGGCCGUAGCGACUUCUGUUCAGAGCUCCUUGUUAAUAUUGUGCUUGCAUCUGCUUGUUUUCACUCGUCUGCAGUCAAAGACCGCAACAAGCCAUUUUCAGAGAAUUCGAUCCAAACUUCUUUCUACUACGAGGCGAGGCGGUUGUGGGAUCUUGAGGAGGGCAGAGACUGCUUGACAAAAGUACAAGCUGGCAUGAUCCUGUAUCUUGUACUUGCAAAAUAUGGUCGAGACAGAGAUGGGCAAAAGUUCCUCCUGGAAGCGUGCAUAACUGCGCAAAACCUUGGCCUAUUCGAUCACGAGUCGCCACACCACAGUACAACACCUUCGCACAUCUCGGUCGACAGAUGGAGGAGAGCUCGAGCGGUGACUGCAUGGGCAGUGCACAACUUCCAGCUCUCAAUGUCGAUCACGUACUCGUUCCCUGUUGUUAUCAAGAAUCUUCCAGCGGUGCCGAUUCCAUACCACGAUGUCGAACCUCUCUUCCGCUCUGAAUGUGCGUUGCACAUCAUUCUACUCGACUGCGUCAGCAUCAUACAAGACAAUGAAUACACCAACCCACGCGAUACACGAAGUGCUGACCGCAUUGAAGCCUGCUACUCCCGGCUGAGGUCUUGGUGGUACUCGCGGCCUACUAGCCUGGAUGCCGACAAAUAUCCAUCGCAAGUCCACUUGCUUUGCGCCAUGCAGUACAAUGUCAAUGUCGUCAAACUCUUCCGACCAGUCCUGGACCGCGAAGCAUAUUCUGAGCAGGCUGCGCCGUACAUUGAUCGUGCUAGGACCGCCAUCUCAGCCUCGCUGAGAGAAAUACGGCGCCUUGUAUCUCUACACGACACGCAUCAUGGCUGGUCAAACGCUAUCACAUUCGUCAUCCACGGCAUCACGGUUGCAAGUUUCGGUACCCUCGAUGAGAUGUCGCACAACAACCCCAUCCUACCACAACCCGAAAACGACGAACGAUACCAAGGCCUUUUCACUUGUCUCCGCGCCCUCACGGUUCUACUCAGCUACAGCUAUUACGCACAACCAAUCUUCCGACUCUUAACGCAGAAGUGCGCCGCGCUGGGUGUGCGAUUACCCGCGGAGGUACAAGGGGCGCUGGACUACUGUACGAGCGAGGGGUGGACGAAGAAGGCUGCUGAGUUGGUCAGCAGCCAGUACAUUGCGGACACACGGUCGGUCGCGAAAGACACAGAAAGUGCGAGGAUGGACGCUGUCAUUUCCAGAUGGGAAAGCCUCAGUCUCGAGGACAAGAAGGCGUGGGCAGCACGCAAAGGGAAGGACCGAGCAGGGGUAUGAUGCUUUUUCUUGCUUCUUCUCUCCUUGGUCGUACGCGAGAGCUUACUCGCACACAAACGAUACCCCAUGUUUUGAUGUUCGUAGAUGUAUC